GUCAGAUAAAUCAAAGACAGAAGUGUUGGUAUUUCCUAUUAAUAAAGCCGACCAACAAUGUCAAGCUAUACUCAUGAGAAAGGACCAAGCGAUACUAAUAUCACCAAGGAGGACUUUGAAUCUCUGAAAGAAUUAAUCGAAAAGCAAAGUGAGAGCAUUGAGAAAUUGUUUAACCAUUUCACCACCAAUGAUUCUCCUACAGAUAGCUCCAGCUCAACAUCAACAGCCCAAUCCGAACCGAUUAGUACAACAACAGUGAUACUUUCCACCAUAGGGGUUCUUUUGUCAAUCUUCCUUUUACUUUGUCUUUUCUACGUCUUUACUAGGAUUUUUGCUGAUCAUGUGCUAGUUCAACUAGAUGCUUUUGUUGAUUGGAUGUUCUGUUAAUUGCAAGAGUUUACGAGCUUAUAUAGCAUUCUCGUACUACACAUGUUGAAUACAAUUGAAGUUAUUAUCAUUCAUGUAACGUAUUAAAAGCCAAAAAGGUAACAUAGCUACCAGUAGAUUCAAGCAUAUUACCACAUUGAACACCUCAUUUUAUAAUUGUUCGCCGUUUCAUUGAAGUUUAUCCUCGACGUUUCACUAAUUUUCGUCUAAAAUUCUUGGAAUCCCGCUGAAAUGCACAUCAGGCACCGUCGCGAAAAGAAUAUCAAACCAAAACAUGCUGAAAAAUCUCAAAAGAUCUUAAUAUGGAACCAUAGCUAUUUAUAUCCAAUGAAAUGCACGAAAUAUUUAGUUAUUUCUAUUCUUAACUUUGUUAAACG